AUGUUAUACGUCACUAGUUACUAUGAGGGAUUUCUUAAACUGGUUUCUGGUUCUGGAUGUCCGGUUCUGGAGUGUUGGUUUGUACAGGAGAAGCCGGGUCACAGAGGGGGAUUCAGUGCACCGAUGGAUCAAGAGAAAUCUCUAAUGUUCAUCACAACUGAACCUUACAAUGAAAAAACAUCUGAGCUUCAUCCUCCAGCAGAUAUCAACCCAUCCAGAAUCUACUAUGUCACCGAUCCAGCCGGCACAUUUUGUAGUUCAGCCCUGAACCCACCCAAAGGUUCUGUGAAUAAACCCAAAUGUGAGAUAAACCCCUUCAUGCCUCAUGCUGCUCUGGUCAGAUGGGCAUCAGCUUUGACUGACUCCGCCCAAAGUCCUGUCUACCUGCAAGCUGAUUGGUUCUCAGUGGCAGCACAAGGACUUGAUGAACAGCUGACUUUGUCCAAUAUUAUGCGAGCGCCCUCAGCUUCAAAAGAACCAAAAGUGAUUCUCAGUGUGUCCAGUAAAACUCCAGUGGUCCGCUCUAGACUGGGGGAGCAGGUUCUUCUGGACUGUGGGUUCUGGGUUGACCCAUCAUCUCCAUUUCAUGGCUCUGGUUUCUCUAUGGAGUGGCGUUAUCAGUUCAGAGGUGAAGGACGUUUGGUCUUUGCCUAUGAUGGGAAGAACGAUCGGUUUGCUGAGACAUCAGAGACAGGAGCUGAUAUUGACGUCACAGCUCUCUAUACGUCUGGAAAUGCAUCUCUGAUUAUAGAGGAGGCUCAAGUGAGACACUCUGGUACUUAUAUCUGCACAGUUUAUCUUCCACACCUGCUGGUACAGGUAGCUGUGGACUUGGAGAUUGUUGAGCCUCCAUCUCUCUCCAUCUACCCUUCUCCUCUUUCUCUGCUUGUACCUGGUCAGGUGGUGGUGGCUCAGUGUGAGGCGUUGGAUUGCCGGAGCUGGAUCAACUUCCCCUGUUGCAAGUCUUGUCUAUGGUGUAUUAUGUGUAUUUCUUUUUCUCACCACUGUUGUAAAAUACUUUUGGCCAAAAUCUAAGUUAAAAAAUAUGAA